AUGGCCUUUUUAUCACAAUUAAGUUUCAGUCAAACGUUUCUUGAAAAUUUAAAGAAGGCCAAGGAUGCAAUUCAACAAAGACCGUUGUCUUCGUUUCUAAAUUAUGGUCAUUCGGAAGAUGUGGAUUUCACACUUGAUGAAAAUAUUAAGAGGGGACUUAAAUUACGUCGUUCUCUAAGUGUUCCAGCAGAAAUCUGGUUUACCGAGUCUGGUGAAACAGAUGAUACAGAAGAUGUUUUCCGUGAUUAUUUAUUUGACUCCGUUGUCCCACCGAACAGUACACAACCUACUGAUUAUUCAUUUUGUAUGGAACCACAAAACCCUAGAUACGAGACAACUCAUUCUCUUGAUGAGCUGAUUAGUGAUAUAAAUGAAAAUAAACUAAUGGAAUUCAGUUCCUAUGAUCCAGAUCAAUUUAUUCAAACACAGAAUACUGAUAACAAUAGUACAUUUGAAAAUGAAAAACACAUUAAUUUAUAUAUAACUAAACAGAAUCAAGAAAAUUCAGUAGUAAAUACAAAUAAAGAUGAAAUGAUCAGUUUAGAGAUAAAAGAUGAAAUGCAGUAUUCAAAUGAUAACAUUGUCAAUGAAAUUCCUACAACAAUAAUUAAAAGUGAUUCGAAUGGUGUCAAUGAGUCACCCUUGUUUGAUGAUGACGAUGUAUUUUUGAAUGGAUCCAAUGAUGAUGAUGAUGAUGCAAACAGUGAAAUUCGUAUAGAACAUGAUGAUUAUCAAUAUGAAACGGAGAGAAAUCGAAAUGAAUCGAUCAAUCAAGAAGAAAAUAUACCUUUUAAUAUAAAUGAAGAAGGAAAUGGUGAUCAUAUUCCGCCUAGAAGAAAAUACACACUAAAAUCAUUCGAAUUACCUGUUUCCCCUUCAAGUAAUACAAAUUCAAAACUUCCAGCAUUAUCAAGAAAUAAAACAUUACCUAUUAUUAAAAGAAGAUCUAAAAAAACAUCUAGUAUUAAUCCGAAUCAAGUUCAUGUACGUGGAAAGAGAUUUAAAUCGGACAGUGAUUAUUCGAUAUUAGAAGAAUCUACACUGAAAUUGCCGCCAAUAAUUUCAAAGUAUCCAAAUCAACAAUCAUUUAUUCAAAUAAUUGAAAGUGACGGGAAAGGAAACAACAAAUUAAAACAAAAUUCUAGCGAUAAUAAUAAUAUGAACAAUAAUGAUAUUGAUGAUGACGAUGAUAAUGGAAGUGAAGAAAAUGUAAUCACUGGUAUUGAACAUAGUUUAUCGUUUAAUACACCAGUCAAAUUUUCAAUGGAAUCCUUGGACAAAUUACCAUUUAUAACGGAUUCCAAUGAAAAUAAAACUACAAUGUCAACAUUAAAUAUUUUUAAUCACGAUGUGUAUUCCGACGAUUGUGCUUGCCUUGAUGGCGAUUUGAACAGACCAUUGGAAAAUGACAAUGAUAACAUUUUACUAAAACCAGAUAAUUCUACGAAUAAUAAACGACACAGUAUUAUUAUUAAUCUUGAACCAAUCCUUCCAAUAAUUGAAACCAAUAAUAACUCAAUAGUGUUUGAAACAUUCAGAAAAAAAUCUAUCCCAUUGCCAUUUUCUAAACCGAAGGGUUAUUGGCCUAAUAAAACGGCACGUAUUGACAAAGAUGUACAAUUUGCUUUUGUUCCAAUCAAUCAAUCUGAUGUACCAUUAAAUUCAGCAAAUGAACCAACUGAAAGAAAACCGAUUGAGUUGAAAUCUGAACGUUCAACUAUCAGAAAGCAACGGAUUGGUCAAAUUUCACAAACAAAUUCCGAUAGUUUGGGAUUAACAAUGAUAGAUUCAUUAAAAAAAGUACAAAAAGCUGUUAAAGACAAUGUUCCAAUGCACAAUCCACCAAUAAAAAGACACAUAAAACCACGACCUAAUCCUGAUGAUUUUUGUAUGACGAUGUGGAGUUAUCAAGAAAUAAAACACGAAGAAGUUCCACUUCCUGAAUUACUCGAAAUUCUUCUGUCAGGGAAAUCAGAUUUAAUUUCAAAAAGAGUUUUCGGUGAAAUUCAACCACAUCGUAAUUUAGCACAAGAAUUAAGAACUGCUAUCGAGACAAUUUAUUGUGUCUUGCCAAAAUCGCAUGCAUUUGGUAGUAUAGCUAAUUUAAUUGGAAUACGACCAGGUUAUAAACUAGAAACACAAAUAUUAAAACAUGGUCAUACACAAAAAGAAUACAAAAAUAUACUUAUUAAAACACUUCGAGAUGCAUUUAAACAUAGUACAAUGCAACAAGUGAUAUCGAUUCAACAAAAUUAUGAUUUAGAAAAAUUAAUUAUACAAAUUGCUGAAGUAUGCAGUAUAGUAGCGACAGAAUUAAUAGGAUCAGAUACAGCAAAACCUGGUAAACAUUUUACAGGUUUAAACUUGGAAACACUAAUCAUGAAUCUGGUCAAAGGGGCUAUUUAUGACACUCCACUUUCUAAUCGUGGCGUUUUAAGUGGAUUAUUAGCUGCAGCUGGGGGUGGGAUUGAAGCUUUACUGGGUUUGAUUGAAUCGGUCGGCGGUGGUGCUGAAGGAUUAGCUAGGCUACUAGCUUCAGGUGCUAAUCCAUCUGAAGCUUUAGGUGAAUUAUUAAGAGGUCUCGAUGAUGAUCCACUAAAUGCUUUAAAACAACUUGCCAACGCUAUGGGUGGAGGUGUCGAUGGAAUUAAAAAUAUAUUGAAUGCACUAGGUGGUGAUAAACAAACAGCUUUAAAAGAAUUAAUCAAACAAGUUGGCGGUGGCGCUGAAGGAAUUAAAAAUCUAUUUGAAGCUGCUGGUGGUAUCAAAGAAUUAAUGGAAAGUUUAUUUGGUGAAGGUUCAGAAGGAUUAGCUGGCUUAAUAGCAGCUGCUGGAGGUGAAUUAGAAGGUUUAAAGAAUUUGAUACAAGCUGCUGGUGGUGGAGUUGAAGGAAUUAGAAAUUUAUUACAAUUAAGCGGUGAUCAUGUAACUGGAUUGAAAAAUCUUUUAACUGCUAUCGGUGGAGAUAAUGUAGCUGAUGCCUUGUCUACUCUCAUAAAAGCUGCCGGUGGUGUAAAAGAUGGAUUGUCCUCUUUAUUACAAGAAUCUGGUGGUGGUCUCAAAGGUUUGGAAAAUUUACUUGAAGCUGUUGGUGGUGGUGUCGAAGGGUUGAAAAAUCUAUUGAAAGCAACAGGUGAUAAUCCAACUGAAGCAUUGGCUAACAUUUUAGCUGCCGCUGGUGGUGGAAUAGAAGGUUUAAAGAAUCUGUUGGAAGCUGUAGGUGGUGGUGCUGAGGGAUUAAAAAGUUUGUUGAAUGUAAUGGGCGAUAAUCCAAACGAAGCUUUAUCUAAUAUCUUAAAAGCUUCUGGUGGAGGUAGUGAAGCCCUAAAAAACUUACUCGAGUCGAUCGGGGGAGGGGUUGAAGGCUUGCAAACACUUUUACAGGCAUUAGGAGGUGAUCCUACACAAGCGUUAGCCAAUUUAAUCGCUUCUGUUGGCGGAGGAGAAGAAGGCUUGAGGAAUUUCAUUGAAGCAGUUGGUGGCGGUGCUUCUGGACUGGCUAAUCUUUUAAAAUCUUUAGGUGGUUCUACUAAAGAAGCCUUAGAAGCUUUGCUAACUGCUUCAGGUGGAGGAAUAGAAGGUUUGAAAAAUUUAGUGUCUGCAGCUGGUGGAGGAGCGGAAGGCUUGAAAAAUAUCAUAGAAGCUGCUGGAGGUGGUUUAGAAGGAUUAAAAAACCUUUUAUCUUCAAUUGGAGAUGAACCUAUUGAGUCGUUGAGAUCACUAUUGUCAAAUAUUGGAGGCGGUGUUGCAAAUCUAAUUACAGCUUCUGGGGGCGGUGCAUCUGGCUUAAAAAAUCUGUUUGAUGCAGUUGGUGGAGGUGUACAAGGUUUAACCAAUUUAUUGAGUGCAUUAGGUAGUGAUAUGAAUGAGGCACUAAUUAACCUACUUAACGUAACUGGUAACCAAGAAGAAGAUUUCAAGAAUUUAAUUGAAGCAUUAGGUGGUGGUGUUGAAGGUCUUGACAAUUUAUUCAAAGUUAUCGGUGACAAAGUUGGUAUUGAAGGUUUAUUAAGAACACUAGGUGGUGGAGCUAAAGGUUUAGCAACUUUGUUGAAUUCAUUUGGUGAAAAUGGCAAUAAAGAAGAAGUAAUAAAAAAAUUAAUAGAAAUGUCUGGCGGAGGUGUAGAAGGAUUAGCUGCUUUAUUAAAAUCUGCUGGUGGCAGUAUAGAUUCUAUCAAAGAAAUCUUGAAUGCAUUUGGUGGUGGACAUGAAGCAUUAGCUAAAUUACUGGCAUCAUGUGGUGAUAAUCCAGCAGAAGCAUUAAAAGUCUUGUUGGAAAUGUUAGGUGGUGAUGAAAACGCAUUACGAAAUUUAUUAUUAGCCAGUGGACUUGAUCCAAAUGAUCCAAGUGCUUUGAAAUUACUUUUUGAAUCAUUAGGUGGAGCUGAUGUAGGUCUCACAAUUUUAGUUAAUGCUAUGGGUGGUGGUGAAGAAGGAAUGAAGAGAUUGUUGAAAACACUUGGUGAUGAUGGACUUGCUAAUCUUAUCACAGCAGCUGGUGGUGGAGAAAAUGGAAUGGAAGCUUUAAUUAAAGCUAUAGGUGGUAAAGGUGUUGAAGGUUUGACAGCGUUCAUUAAUCUAUUAGGUGGAAAAGAACAUGGUCUGGCAACUUUAAUUGCAGCUGCUGGUGGUGGACAGGUUGGACUAGCCGCAUUACUAAAAGCCGCUGGAAAGUUUUCUGAAGAUGGAGAUGGUUUAGCGGCAUUGAUUGCAGCAGUUGGUGGUGGUGCUGAAGGUCUAGAAGUAUUAAUAAAUGCGGCUGGUGGAGAUGAAGAAGGAUUGAAUAACUUAUUACAAGCAGCUGGUGCAACAGACUCUAAUUCAAAAGCUAAUAUUUUAAAAACUUUGAUUACUGCUGGAGGUGGAGGUCAAGAAGGUUUCAAUAAUCUUCUAAAAAUACUUUCUCGAGGUAAACAAAAAAAACCAAUAGAUGGAUUGUCGAAUUUAUUAAAAGUACUUGGAAAUAAUCCAGAUACAUUAGGAAUUCUUUUAGAAGCGAUCGGUGGUAAUUCAGAUGGAUUAGCGGAUAUAUUGGCAGCGGCCGGUGGAGGUGCAGAAGCCUUACAGCUCUUGAUUAAUGCAGCAGGCGGCGGUGCUGAAGGUUUAGUUAAUUUAUUAGCUGCAGCUAAACUUGACAGUCUACAACAAUUAGCAGAUGUUUUAGCUGCUGCAGGUCUUAGUGAUGAUCUUGUUUCAGCUGCUAGAUCGGGUAAUUUAUCGGAAUUUUCAGCGAAAGAACUGUGUAGAGAAGAAAAAGAAUGGCUUCGUACACGUCCGACUGGCCCUAUCAAUUUCUUUCGCAAACUUACAACUACAAAACAAAAUUAUAGAAAAUGGAAAAAAUUAACUGAAAUGGCUUUGGCAGCACAGAAAGAACUAGACUUGACUAUUCUGCCGGAAUUUUCUCAGUCAACUAUUGAAUCAUCACUACUUGAUCUUCACCCAUAUCGACAAUGUAAUCAAGAGCAGUUAAACAAAUUUGCUACUCAAUUAAAUUCUGAUAUUCUAAAAUCUCUUAAAACGCAAAUGAUACGGUUAGAUAAAAAAAUUGAUUUUGAUUUAAAAGAAACAGAUUUAUUCAACGAAAAUCUAUGUCUUGAAGAACAACGUCUUAGACAAGAAAAAAUAGAAGACGGAAAUGAAACAUUUGAUUUAACAAAAAGUCAAUUAUUUAGUGAAGACGAACAUAAAAAAGAAGAAGAGCUGUUAUUGGAAAGCAAACGAUUAAUAGAAGCAUUCGAAAAUCACGUUAAUAUGCGUAAAAAGCUCAGAGAUGAAGAAAUCUUAGCUAAAUAUAAAAAUAAGGAUGAAUUAGUUAUUCCUGAACUAGAAGGCUUUCAACAUACUGCUGACAAUGUUAAUCUUCAUGAAUUAAAACUUGAGGAAGUAUUGACUGAACUUACAAAUGAAGAUGAAGAAGAAGAAGACAAAGAAGUUGAAGAAACGCAUGAAGACAUACGCAAAUCAACAAGAGUACAAUCACGACUUCUAAUAGUACAUGAUUUAUUACGUGAGAGUAUAGGUCUUGAACGAAAUUUAAAGAUUACUCCCGCUUUCGUGUGGUCAUACUUUGAGUUACUCAGAAAAAUGGAUAAUAAACUUCAAUUAGCAGUUUCUUCUGAUCCAGGAGACGAUAAUAGAAUGAAUUCAUCACUGGAUGUUAUUGUUUGA